AUGAAUCGCCCGUUUCUGGCUGAGCCCGAAUGGCUGGGUUUGGUUGAUGUGACCUUCCUGCCACUUGCUUUAGCAAGUCGGACCCACGGGGUGGGGCUCAGCCUCCGGCCUCGACGGGAGGCAGGGCAGUCACCUGGGCAAGCGCGGGGCUCAGAAAGUGCUGAGAAACGGGGCCCCUGCGCGGGGGAGCUGCUGGGAGACCCGGGCACCACACUGAUCUCAGCCAACGGGACCACCAGGAUUAGCCCGACGUGUCUCGGAGGUCUCUCAGAGGCUGCUCGACGUCAGUAA